AAAUCGCUGUUUUUAAAGGGAAACCAAGGUUGUUGAGGUCUGUGGUGGGCAUAGCAGGUUGAAGGUUGCUGCUGGCUGCAGGGCCCUGUGGAGCAGAAGAGCUGUGCCAUUCCCCCUUUUUUUUCCUCUCAUGUCCCCCCCCCCUCCCGGUGUGUUUCCCUGUGUGUUGGUGACCCCGCACCCCCACCCACCCCCCACCUGAUCCCUCCUGUCGUGUUGCCACUCCAGCCCGAAGCCCCCCUCUCACCCCAUGCUUGGGACAAAGCCAGCUCACUGCCAGCCCAAUGACUGCCUGGAUCGUCCUGCCUGUCAGCCUGUCUGCCUUCUCCAUCACAGGAAUAUGGAUAGUGUACGCCAUGGCUGUGAUGAAUCACCAUGUUUGUCCUGUGGAGAACUGGUCUUACAAUGUCACAUGCACAGAAGAGCUUCCCCGACCGGGCUUCCCCAAGACAUGCUGCACCAUCCAGGACAUCCCCCUCAUCAGUAAAUGUGGAUCCUUCCCUCCUGAAAGCUGCCUGUUCAGCCUGAUCGGCAACGUUGGAGCCUUCAUGGUGGUGAUGGUGUGCUUUCUGCGCUACGCCCAGGUGAUCGAACACAGCCACCGAUGUUGGGUCAACACCAGCGCUCUGGUGUCCGGCUGCACCAAUGCUUUGGGUCUGGUCAUGGUGGGCAACUUCCAGGUUGAUCACGCCAAAUCUCUGCACUAUGUGGGUGCUGGGGUGGCAUUUCCAGCAGGACUGCUGUUUGUGUGCCUGCAGUGUGUGCUCACCUACCGGGUGGCUGUGACAGCCCUUGACUACUGGAUGGCCCAUUUCCGAGUAGCUCUGACACUGGGAGCCAUGGUGUCCCUCGUCCUCAGUGGCAUCUUCUUCAUCCACGAGAGCUUUGUCCUGCAGCACGCUGCAGCCAUCUGCGAGUGGGUCUUCACGGUGGACAUCCUGGUUUUCUACGGCACCUUCACCUACGAGUUUGGCACCGUCACCAGCGAGACCCUGAUGGUGGGCCUGCAGCAGAGUCACCACCAUGGUUCGGGAGUUAUCAUGGGCUCCAGGUCCCAGGGCUCGACACUGGGUGGGGCGACUAAGGGCCUCAAGUCCCCCGGGGGAAGCAGCACAUCCACACACCUCAACUGUACGCCAGAGAGCAUAGCCAUGUUGUAGCUCUGCAGUGCUGCUCAAAGGUUUGCAGAGGUGCUUCGUUGGCUGACACAGGAGGGCAAGACAACCGAGGAGGAGAGGAAGUCCUGCUAUCUGUAACCGUUGAACCAACACCAGGUUAUCCCAUCUGUAAUGCUGUACUAUUUAUUUUUUUUUUUUUUCUUUCCCCUAAUGUUGGUGUGAGCCACUGCAGUCGAAAGGUUGAACGCGUGGAGCUAGCUUGAGCACUGGAACCAUGAAUGUUUUCCAAGAUGGCGGUUGAUUUGGGCAGUUCUUCACCGGAGUCGGUUGUUUCUUGAACAUCGCUGGUGUGCCCACAAUGUCUUCCUCCGCGGCCCAGACGCUCCUUCAUGAACUACCCAACGCUCAGCGGGGCCCACCUGUUUUGGCCCUUUGCUUAUCUCUGCACGGCACCUUUUUUUUUUUUUUUGAAUGAGAGAAUAACAAUUUAUGAUUGAGUUUUGAAUUUGCAUAGUAAGUACAAAAAUAUUGAAUGUUUGAGAAGGGAACAGUUAACAGUUGUGUUUUACAGGCUGUAAGCAUAGGGCCUUUUAAAAUCAAUCAAGCAUAAGUUAUCCGUCAAGUGACAAAAAUCAUUCAUUUCACUCGACAAUUUAAUUGGUUGCACAGAUGAUUUUGAAUGCAAAUUUUGAUGGUAUUUUUUAAAAAUGAUUUUACAAACUGUAUACGUGUAUCUUGAGCCACUAUAAUUCUUGAGAUCAUAAUCCAUGUCAUUGGCAUUAGAGUGCAGGAUUACGACGAGGACCGUCUCAAUCACUCAUAACUCUCUGAAGUAGUCUCCCUUGAUGUCAUUCCGUUACUGUCCAACACGUUGCAUGAUCCGAGGAUUUCUUUGUAACAUUUACAUUUCAUGCUGUCUUUUUAUUUCAUUGACUGUGAAGUCCGGUGCAAUAAUUGCCAUCAAUCGUCUGAUCAUUUCCGCUCCGCUGGAGUGAAUAAUGCCUUUUUUCAGUGUGUUGGAGUUGAACGCGGGGCUUUUCUUUUUGUUUUUUUAAAGAAGUGACACUAAGACAUUUUAAGUGACCUAAAUAUUAUAGUAAAAUAAGUAGAUGUGGAGGUAUAAAUGUAAUCCGACUACCACAUUGACAAAAUGACAUAGUUCUUGCCCACACACCGACUUGAUUCCAGGCUGGACCCUUGGAAGCCUUAUUUGAGUUUUGACGAUAGGUUUUCUGUUAGAUAUGAAGCGAUGCUCCGCCUGCUCAACAGUUUAUGUUCACAGGAGUUAACCGAGAGGUGAAUAUCAUGCUUGUAGACCUCGUGCCAUAAACGUAAUGGCGUCACAAGAGUGUCCGUGCAGUGUUACAGACUUUACUAAACGGGUCGUAGACUGAAAGGAAAGUGUCGUGUAUUAAGGUUGUGUAUGAUUUCCUGUUGCCAAUUUCUCUUUAAGUGAUAUUUACAAUUGUGAAUUAGCUUAUCGCCAGACUGCCACAAACUACCACUGCUCAAACUAAAGCUGACUCAUUACACACAGUAUUCUGCCCUCUGCGUAGUGUUGAUACAUGUUUAACUGUCUAACAACCGGAUGCCAGCAAUACACGUUUUUAAAAAAGGUCACAUCACCUACCUCUUUUAUCUUUUGUGGGUUUGAUGUUCUGAAGGAAAAGCUAGAGUUUGAAAAGUGUUUUUAAUAUGACGCUAGCUCAGCAAUCCAACGCUGGAUCCACAAAGUCUCAGCAAGCUUUUGACAGGACAGCGGAUCUGCUGUUACACGAGCUGUGCGUGAUCAUAUGUCGGGUCAGUUUUCUUUACUCUUUGUGCAUUUAACUUCCUAUGCUUUCUGGGACUGCAGCAAUCCUGUCUUUGUUCUGCAAAUCUUGCCAAAAAAAAAGAAAGGACUGGAAUCCACUGGAGGUUCAGAUGGUGUUGUGUGCGUCCGCAGCAGGUGUAUGAAUUGAUAAGAGUGCACAGUUUCAGCCUUAUCCCUCGGACUGUGCCAGGGGGAACAUGUUCAGAUUUGUGUUUAUUUUAAUCUUGUGUUCAGCUGUAGCCUAUUUCACCAAACUGUAACUAAGUCACACGGUGUGACUACAAACGGCAGCUUGUAUGAGCCCUCGCAUCAGGGUUGGAUGUAUUCUGUUCUAUGAUACCAUCUUCCACAGGCCAAACUUUGAAGGUAGAUUUUACAACUUUUUGUUCUUUGCCAGUAAGCUUUCAUGUGGUAUCUUUGUUGGUGGAAGGAUCCUACAGUACAAAAAGCUGACCUGUACAUGUCUUGAACUCUUUUAACAUCACCACAGAAACAAUGUCUAUAAAAAUGUAUUCUACAUAUUUCCUCAAUUUGAAAAAUAUGUCAAAGAAUGGUAUAGUCAGAGAAAUCCCCCAAAAAACAAGUCCACACAGAUUAUUUUGUUUCCUUUUAUAAAUUCUGUAAAUAUGUACAAUUUGUCUAUCAUUUAGGUAUUUUCAUUUGACAGAGAUUUAUAUUCAAAUAUGAAAUAAAAAUGAUAAAUUA